AUGUUACGAUAUUUAACAGGUAUAAUUUUCAAAUUAGCAGAAAUUCUUCGUCAUCUUAUUACUAGUCAAAUAACAUCUCUUAAUAUUGGCAUUAUUAAAAAAAUAAUAUCAAAUUUUUCUGUCGAAAAUGAAUCGAAUAUAUUUUCAUUGAUAUUAUCUAUAUGUAAAAAUCUAAAUGAUUUAACCUUUAAACAAUGUUUUAGUGAUGAAAAUCUAACAAUUUCAAUUUAUAAUCUAUCGUCAGCAAGUUGUGUAUCUUCGGCUUUAACUAACUUAAACAUAUUUGUAAAUACUUUCGAUGAUUGUUUUUAUCUUCUUGAUGGACGUUUAGAAUCUUUGUCCAUAUUGAUUAUCGAUAUACUUAAAGUUAGCUAUGUACCAUCGAAUAUAGAUCAUAAAAAGAAAUUUCCUAAAUUGAAGUGUUUUUCAUUAAAAUCAUAUUGUCGUACAUUCUAUUAUGACAGUCAAAUUGUUCCAUUGCUUCGUCGAAUGUUGAAUCUUGAAGAAUUGACAUUACUUCUGGCAGUAAUAAGAAUCAAUUUGACUGAUAUAGAUGAUAUUCAUUUAUAUGAUGAGAUUCUUAUUCAUAUGCCACGAUUAAACAAACUUAUGUUUAGUAUAACAACUGUUAUGUAUAAUAUUCAGGAAAAAAUUGAUCUUCCACCAAAUGAAAACAUACAACAUGGUUUUCUCGAAAGAGCAAUAUAUCAAGUUGGCUCUUAUAUUACUAAAAAUUCAUCUAAGAUACGAAAUGAGUGUUAUACUUAUUCAAGUCUAUAUCCAGUUGAUGUCUUUGUUUAUAUGACCAGUAGUUUUUCAGGUGGAAAGUUCGAUGCACAGCGAAAGAAGCGAUAUUUGCUUCCAUUCAUUACAUUUUCACAUAUUGUCAAACUUCAUUUGGAUUUGAGGCAUAUUGAUUAUGUUGAACAAUUUCUUUAUGAAAGAAAUGCUCAUCUACCUCGCCUAUUAAGUCUUCAAAUCCAAUAUGAAAUAUUAUCAAUUUUAACAAAUAAUUUUACUAAUGAUUCAGCACGUGUCAAUUGUGCUAAAAUAUAA